CUUCAGUCCUCAUUCUACUUUCCCUCCCUCAAUGUCUAUCGUCAUUAAAAAUUUUUAAUUCUCAAAAUUAAUCAUUUUAAUCUAUGGAAUGUAUAAGAUUCUAAAUAUGCUUUAAUAACUCUGUACCAAUGAGAAAGAAGUAAAAGGGAAUAAAGAUAAAAAAAGGAUUAAUAAAAAUGAUAGACACGUUAAACCAGAUUUAUCCGAUAUUCGGGUCAGUUUAUGGAAGGAGGGGACAAUUUCAUCAAUGGAAGGGAGCAUUCGCACCGUAGAUCGCGUCUGGCGGCCUUCUUCCUUGCUUGGAACGUUUUCAGUUACCAUGCAUCUAUGAGAAUAAAGCCAGCUUUACUAAUCUCUGGGACGCGAUGCUGCUUGUUUCAACCCUGUGAAUCAUUAUGUGAAAGGAUUAUCCUUUGGAGAGAUUUAUGCAACGGUAGGAUCACGCCCGAAUGUCCUCACGUGUCGUCAUCCCAGACAACAAUUACUUCGUCGCAUGUCAAGCCGUAUGAUGAGGUGCCAGGCCCGCGGCCAAUACCUAUCUUAGGUAAUGCUUGGCGGCUAUUGCCCUUGAUCGGCCAGUAUCAGAUCUCGGAUGUUGCAAAAAUCUCGCAAAUGUUUUACGAUGAGUAUGGCAAGAUUGUACGACUGAGCGGCCUGAUUGGUCGUCCCGAUUUGCUCUUUGUUUACGACGCUGAUGAGAUCGAGAAAGUGUACCGGCAAGAAGGCCCGACGCCCUUCAGGCCCGCUAUGCCCUGUCUGGUACAUUAUAAGAGCGUCGUGCGCAAGGACUUUUUUGGCGAGCUGCCUGGCGUUGUUGGCGUACACGGUGAGCAAUGGAAGGAGUUUCGUACGCGCGUCCAGAAACCUGUUCUCCAACCGCAAACUAUUAAAAAAUAUAUAACACCAAUUGAAAUAGUUACAAGGGAUUUCAUAAGAAGAAUCGAGCAGAUUCAAGGAAAGGACGGUGAACUGCCCGGUGAUUUCGAUAACGAAAUACACAAGUGGGCUCUCGAAUGUAUAGGUCGUGUGGCACUCGACGUCAGACUCGGAUGUUUGAGCGAGGCAUUGUCUCCGGAUUCUGAACCGCAAAAAAUAAUCGAUGCCGCCAAAUUCGCGCUAAGAAAUGUGGCCACGCUCGAGCUUAAGGCUCCGUACUGGAGAUACAUCCCGACGCCCUUAUGGAGCCGUUACGUGCGCAAUAUGAAUUAUUUCGUCGAGAUAUGCAUGAAAUAUAUCAACGCCGCGAUAAUUAGGCUUAAAAAUAAGAAAGCCGUAGCCGAGAGCGACUUGUCGCUGGUGGAACGAAUUUUAGCUAAAGAGGCGGACCCUAAGAUGGCUUAUAUCUUCGCUCUCGAUCUGAUAUUAGUCGGCAUUGACACGAUAUCAAUGGCGGUGUGUUCAAUAUUGUAUCAAUUGGCGAUUAGACCGGAAGAGCAGGAGAAGAUACACCAGGAAUUGCUGCAAAUAUUGCCGGAUCCUUCCGUUCCUCUCACAACUAGUCACCUGGAUCAAGCGAUUUAUAUGAAAGCUUUCAUCCGCGAGGUAUUUAGGGUGUAUUCUACUGUUAUCGGAAACGGCAGGACGUUGCAGAACGACACUGUUAUUUGCGGUUACAAAAUUCCAAAAGGAAUUCAAGUUGUGUUUCCCACGCUUGUCACCGGUAACAUGGAGGAUUACGUUGCGGACUCGAAAACAUUCAAGCCUGCGAGAUGGUUCAAGGACGAUAACGAAAAAUUGCAUCCGUUCGCGUCGCUGCCAUACGGUUAUGGAGCACGAAUGUGCUUGGGCAGGCGAUUCGCGGAUCUCGAGAUGCAAGUUCUGUUAACAAAGCUCCUGAGAUCAUACAAGUUGGAGUAUCAUCACGAGCCGCUAAAAUACAAGGUCACUUUCAUGUAUGCGCCCGAUGGAGAACUUAGGUUUAAAGUAAUAAAAAGAUAGCAUUAUUUAUAUCCUAUAAGUCUUGCGAUAUGAUAUUGUAAGAUAGGUUAAAAACAAAAAUAAAAAUAGCUAGAACAAAGAAAAUAUCUCGAAAUUUGUAGAUUAUUAUUAAUAAAACUCUAUGAACAUUAUACAUUCACAAAAUUUGAUUAAAUUAUAUAUGUUACAUUACAGAGAUAUGAUAAUAUCCAUUGGAAAUUCUAAGAUUUGUAUUUGUUAUCGGAAAAUACAUAAUAAGGUCGACAUUA